AUGAAUCAAAACGAUCUAUAUCAAAUUGAAGGAUUAAACUUCACCAAAGGCAGAAAGACUCAAAUUUACAUUCUACAAGAGCCCUUAGGAUUCAAGCUACUAGUAUUUAUUAACCUCAAUAUAUAGGACCCUUUGAAUUUAAGUUUCAAAUUAUUGGUUUAUUGGAGCGAUGAGAGUGUAUUAUUGGAUUGGAAUGAUUACAUUGAAGGAAUUUGCUCUAAUGAAUUAUACUUUAGACUCUUUUAUUAAGGGGAAGAAUACAAAAUUCAGGGUUCUGCUGAAUAACUGGACGAGUUGUAUGAUUUUUGUUCUGGAAAGUUCAUUUAUAAAAAAAGUAAUAUCUUUAUAAAGAAUUCGGUUAUAUAGACUAAUGCACAAUAUGAAGUAUAUAAAUAUAUUAAGCUAAGCUGAAUUUAGUAAUGAAUGUCAAAGAAAAUAAACAGUACAUUGAGAAAAGAAUAUUUUCCAGCUUAAUUUCUUAAAGGUUGGAGAUGUCGAACUCAUUUAACACUCAACUAGGUCAAGACAGCAUACCAGAGGAAGUGAGGAUCAUCUAAUUAUUGAAUGCUUAGAAUUGUCCUUACAUAAUGAAAAUUUAAUCAAUCACAUAUGAUGGUGAUUACUAUUCUUUAAUCUACACAAACAAAAAUUUAAUAUCUUUAAGGUAGAUUUUAAAAAUGCAAAAAAUGGGCUUGCCUCUCUCUUUCGUAAUUGAGAUUUUGGAACAAUUGCUAAUCGGUAUGGAAUAAUUCUAAUGUUAGUGUUAAACAUUUUCCAAGAGCUUCAAAUUAUUCAUAAUGGAAUUAAUUUGGAUAUGAUUAAUUAUUCUCUGGAAUCCAACUCUAUUGUAGUUAGUAAUUUCUCAUCCUCCACUUUUGAAUGCAAUAAAGGAAGGCCUAUGUAUAUAUAUCUCAUUAGUUUAGAAAGGGAAAUACUAUAGGAUUUAUUCCUCCCGAGUAUUUAAAUAAAUACCUAAUCUCGCCAUAAGCCAAUAUUUUCUAACUAGGCACUUUGUUAUAUCAUCUGUAAUUGUAUUGUUCAUAUCUAAGGUUAUUCAAUCAAAAUCCUUUUGGAAAUGACCCAUAAACAUAACUUCAAAACAACAUUUCAGGAAAAUAUAACAUCCUAAAUACAAAUAUUGAUAAGGAUAUCAUCGAUUUACUUAAAUCUAUGAUGCAAAUAAAUCCUUAAAAGAGAAAAACCCCUAAGGAGUAUUUGUGCUCAAAGAUUUUUAAACCUUAAUAUCGAUCUAAGAUUUCUAAAAACUCAUUCUUAUCAUUUCUUCAAGAGAAUCGUCUUUCGAAAAUCUUUGAAUUUGAAGUUGAGAAUGAAAAUCCCACCAUACAAAACAUUAAAUCUCUUUCUAUAAAUAAAAAAAAGAAUUGA